AUGAAGGUCCACCUGGGCACCUCUUUUUUCCACCCUUUAUGUCCCACGGCCACCGGACACCCGCUGGCCAUCACCCGGAACAGUGUUUGCAUUGAAGAAAACAUCGCAGUGAAAGCAAAUGUCGUCAAGCUGCUGACCCCUGUCCAGAGCACAGUGAAGGAGAUUGACGCUUUUAUGGCUGACUCUGCUAAAUCCUUCAGUCCAGUGAUGAUGGAAUCUGCUGGGAAGAGAAAUGGCAAGGAUUACAAACGAGAAGUGCUGAAUGAGAAGAUUGACUUCAGACCCGUCUACUGGCUGGGUAAUGACACCCUGAGGGUCUCGGCUGCCCUUUUUGCCGAGAACCGCAGAAGAUUGUGCCAGGGGCUGAAAGCCAGAGAGGAUGUUGUGUCUCAGUCGGUUGUGGUGCUGCAGGGGGGGGAGCAGAAGCAGAGGUACUGCACCGACACAGACCUUGUCUUCAGGCAGGAAUCGUUCUUCCACUGGGCCUUUGGAGUGACUGAGCCUGACUGCUACGGAGCCAUUGAUGUGGAAACGGGCAAAUCCAUUCUUUUUGUUCCCAAACUGCCUGAAAGCUAUGCCACUUGGAUGGGAGAGAUCUUUCCCAGGGAGCACUUCCUGGCUAAAUACGCUGUGGACGAGGUUCAGCACACCUGUGAUAUUGUUGAUGUCCUGUCCAACCUGAAACCUGCAGUCCUCCUAACACUGCGAGGACAGAACACAGAUAGUGGGAGCAUCUGCCGAGAGGCCUCCUUUGAAGGCAUUAGUCGCUUCCAAGUCAACAACACUCUCCUGCACCCGGUUAUUGUGGAAUGCCGUCUGACUAAAACUGACAUGGAGCUGGAGGUGCUGCGCUACACCAACAGGAUCUCCAGUGAAGCCCACAAAAUGAUCAUGAAGAAUGUGAAAGCUGGACAGAAGGAAUACGAAAUGGAGAGCCUGUUCCAACAUUACUGCUACAACAAAGGAGGGAUGCGCCACACCUCGUACACCUGCAUCUGCGGAACUGGGAAUAAUUCCUCCGUCCUCCACUACGGCCAUGCUGGAGCUCCCAAUGACAAGACCAUUGAGGAUGGGGACAUUCUGUUCGACAUGGGUGGGGAGUACUACUGUUACUCUUCGGACAUCACCUGCUCCUUCCCAGCCAACGGAAAGUUCACUCCAGACCAGAGGGCCAUCUAUGAGGCUGUCCUGAAAUCCUCCCGCACCGUCUUGGCUUCCAUCAAACCAGGUGUGAAGUGGACCGAGAUGCACCGCCUUGCCGACAAGGUUCACCUGGAGGAGCUGGUGAAGAUCGGGAUCCUGGUGGGCAGCGUGGAGGACAUGAUGAAGGUUCACCUGGGCUCCGUCUUCAUGCCCCACGGCCUGGGACACCUGCUGGGCAUCGACGUGCACGACGUGGGAGGUUACCCCGAGGGGGUGGAGCGCAUCGACGAGCCCGGGCUGAGGAGUCUCCGAAUGGGCCGGCUGGUGCAGGAGCGCAUGGUCCUCACGGUGGAGCCCGGCAUAUACUUCAUCAACCACCUGCUGGACCAGGCCCUGGCCAGCCCCGCCCAGAGCUGCUUCAUCAACAACCAAGUGCUGGCUCGCUUCCGAGGCUUUGGAGGGGUUCGCAUUGAAGAUGACAUAGCUGUCACAGCCACCGGCGUGGAGCUGCUGACCUGCGUCCCUCGCACGGUGGAGGAGAUUGAAGCGUUCAUGGCCGAUUCUGCAAAAACCUUCAGCCCAGUCGUUUGAAAAUGCCCAUAAAGUCUGGGCAGAGCACGCUGCAAUGUCAUUAAUUAUCUCAGAUGAUCAUCAGUAAAACGGAUGUUGUUAAUAUGCAAACACAGUCAAGAUUAUUUCUGCGUAAUAAACCUGGUGGUCGUGCCUCUAUCAUUGUGAUUUGAUUCCCAUAAGCAGUAUCCAAGUUAAGGGACGGACCCUACUUUAAUAUAUUGACUUUUUUAUGCCUCCUUAGAUCAAUGGUUUUUCAUUUUGGUAAAACAAAUCUUUCUUAUUCUGACAAUUUUCUUUUUUGUAAACAUUUAUUCUUGCAAAAAAAAAGCUGUGAAAUUGAAUAAAAUUAAUGACAAUUUAAAAUCAUGCAGUAGAGAUUUAUUUUAAGAGUGACUCCAAAACGUAUUCGAUAUGUGAAAUGAGUCGGUCACAGAGCGAGUCCAUAGGGAUGCUCUGGAUUGACCCCAAGAUAUUCAAAAUUUAGCUGCUGCUGAAAUGAUUUUAAUGCAAAUGAUUACUUUUACUCUGCCACAUUGUUCCAGUCUUCAUGCUAAAUUUUUAUUGAAAUAAAAAACAAUAUUUGAAUACUGGUCAAAUUGAAAGAAAUAUCUUACAUUUUUUUAUGAUAAGAAAA